UUGGUGCGGAGGAUAAGGCGCCUCUCUCUUCCUCGAGUCCAAAACCCCACUCCCCCCAAUCCGCUCCCUCCCCAUCUCCGAUGGCGUCCUCCCUGCUCCGCGCCUCGCCCCUCGCCCUCCUCUCGCGCCUAAAGCCCAGGCCGUCCGCCUUGCACCUCCGCCGCCUCCUCCCACUCUCCACCACCUCGGCCUCUGCCGCGCCCGCGCCCUCCGGCCCCGCGCCCCAGCUCCGAACCCUAGCGGCCGCGGCGGCGACCGACGCGGCAGCGACCCCGGCGGAGGAGGCGGCGGCGGCGCCCGCGGCGACGGGCGAGAAGGUCGAGAGGCUGCAGCCGCUGCAGUGGCCGCCGAGGGACGCGCUGUGCGGCGAGCUCGGCGCCGGGGACGCCGGGCGCAGGGUGCGGCUCUGCGGAUGGGUCGCGCUGCGCCGCGCGCACGCCGGGCUCACCUUCCUCACCCUGCGCGACCGCUCCGGGAUGGUGCAGGUGACAACAUUGCCAGAGUACCCAGAAGUUUACAACAUAGUAAACAAGCUGAGAGUUGAGUCAGUGGUUGCUGUUGAGGGGGUGGUCAGGCCACGCCCAGCAGAUGCCAUCAAUGCAGAUAUGAAGACUGGGGCUAUAGAGGUUGCUGCAGAUCGUGUUUUAGUGCUGAACUCAGUAACUCGUUCAUUGCCGUUUCCAGUUACAACUGCUGACUCUGUAAAAGAGAAGUUUCCAGAAGAAAUUAGAUUGAGGUUUAGAGUACUGGAUUUGCGUCGUCCUCAAAUGCAGUCAAACUUGCGGUUGCGCCAUUAUGUUGUUAAACUCAUCCGACGUUACUUGGAGGAUGAACAUGAAUUUGUUGAGAUUGAGACUCCAGUUUUAUCCAAGUCUACACCAGAAGGUGCUCGGGACUAUCUUGUACCAUCAAGAGUUCAGCCAGGAACAUUCUAUGCUCUCCCUCAAAGCCCUCAGUUGUUCAAGCAAAUGUUGAUGGUUUCUGGCUUUGAAAAAUAUUACCAGAUUGCAAGGUGCUUCCGUGAUGAAGAUUUGCGUGCGGACAGGCAACCAGAGUUUACACAACUUGAUAUGGAGAUUGCCUUUACAUCAAUGGAGGAUAUGUUGAAGUUAAAUGAAGAUUUGAUGAGACAUGUUUUUCAAGCGGUAGGAGGUAUCAAGCUGCCAAAUCCAUUUCCGAGGUUAACAUAUACAGAUGCAAUGAAUCGCUAUGGGACAGAUAGGCCUGACCUUCGGUUUGAUUGGGAGCUGAAAGAUGUUAGCCAUGUAUUUUUGGGAAGUGGCUUCAAGGUUUUUGCUGAUACCUUGGAAAAUGGAGGUGUAAUAAAGGCACUGUGUGUUCCUGGUGGUGCCACGGUGUUUUCAAACACUGACCUAAAGAAAGGAACUGUUUACACUGAAGCUUCCAAAGCUGGAGCCAAGGGCCUGCCUUUCCUCAAAGUUAUGGAGAAUGGGGAUCUUGAAGGAAUUGGCCCGCUAGUAUCAAGUCUGAAACCCGAAAAGAAAGAGCAGCUCGUGAAACUUCUGGAUGCAAAGGCGGGUGAUCUUAUCUUGUUUGCACUGGGUGAACAAUCAUCAGCUAACCGGGUUCUUGGCCGGUUAAGAUUAUUUAUUGCUCAUAAGCUGGAAGUGAUAGACACGUCAGCGCAUUCAGUUCUUUGGGUGACAGAUUUUCCAAUGUUCGAAUGGAACAGUGAUGAGCAGAGAUAUGAGGCCCUACACCAUCCAUUCACUGCGCCAAAUCCUGAAGAUAUGAAUGAUCUACCAUCAGCUCGUGCCCUGGCUUAUGACAUGAUUUACAACGGUGUGGAGAUUGGAGGGGGGAGUUUGAGAAUCUACAAAAGUGAUGUACAGCAAAGAAUUUUUGAGAUAAUUGGUAUCUCACCUGAACAGGGGGAGGAGAAAUUUGGCUACCUUUUAGAAUCUUUCGAUAUGGGUGCUCCUCCACAUGGAGGCAUUGCCUAUGGAUUGGAUCGGUUGGUGAUGCUCUUGGCUGGUGAGAGCUCAAUCCGGGAUGUGAUAGCAUUCCCCAAGACUACGACAGCUCAGUGUGCACUCACCAAAGCACCAUCUGCUGUAGAUCCUCAGCAACUGAAGGAUCUUGCCUUCCCAAAGUCUACUUUGUAACACUGUUGAGAAUUUUGGGUGGGUUGGUUGCUUCUUUAUAUUUUGAGGCGCAUUCUAGUUUUGCAUGGUAGGGAAUGCGCUUUGUUCACGAGAACUUUCCAACCCUGGAAAAUCUAUAGAAGACGGUUAAUACAAAGUUCAGGAAAUAUGGAUUCGCAAGAGUUUCGGCAGCGAUGCUAUGCAUUUGUAUACAUCCGCCUUGUAAAUUAUUCAACAUAAUACGAAUUGUUGUGCAAAAUGUGAACUGCACGGUGCUCCAUUUGUUGCACCUGGUAGCUUUUUCUUCAUGCAAUAAAGAUUUCUCCCAGGCGUAUGCUUGGAAAUA